GUAACCAACACUGCAGGAGAAUCUAUUGUAUUCCAGGAAAAAAGGAAGUUCACUGGAGUAAUAUGGAGGCCUCAGUAAUAUUACCUAUUCUAAAGAAGAAACUAGCCUUCCUUUCAGGAGGAAAAGACAGACGAAGUGGCCUCAUUCUGACAAUUCCACUAUGCCUUGAACAGACAAGUAUGGACGAGCUGAGUGUCACCCUAGACUACCUCCUCAGCAUUCCAAGUGAAAAGUGUAAGGCUAGAGGAUUUACCGUGAUCGUGGAUGGCAGAAAAUCACAGUGGAAUGUGGUGAAAACAGUAGUCUUAAUGCUACAGAAUGUUGUUCCAGCUGAGGUGUCUCUUGUUUGUGUAGUGAAACCAGAUGAAUUCUGGGAUAAGAAAGUAACACAUUUCUGUUUUUGGAAAGAAAAGGACCGACUUGGCUUUGAGGUUAUUUUAGUGUCUGCCAAUAAGUUGACUCGUUAUAUAGAACCGUGCCAGCUAACAGAAGAUUUUGGGGGAAGUCUCACCUAUGAUCACAUGGACUGGUUAAAUAAGAGGCUGGUUUUUGAGAAGUUUACAAAGGAAUCUACAUCAUUAUUAGAUGAACUUGCUCUGAUUAACAAUGGAAGUGAUAAAGGAAAUCAGCAAGAGAAAGAAAGGUCUGUGGAUUUAAACUUUCUUCCAUCAGUUGAUCCUGAAACAGUUCUUCAAACAGGGCAUGAAUUGUUAUCCGAAUUACAGCAGCGGCGGUUUAAUGGCUCGGAUGGCGGGGUCUCGUGGUCUCCUAUGGAUGAUGAACUACUUGCUCAGCCACAGGUUAUGAAGUUACUAGACUCGCUCCGAGAGCAAUAUACCCGCUACCAGGAGGUGUGUAGGCAACGCAGUAAGCGCACACAGUUAGAAGAGAUUCAGCAGAAGGUGAUGCAGGUUGUGAACUGGCUUGAAGGGCCUGGAUCAGAACAACUAAGAGCCCAGUGGGGGAUUGGUGACUCCAUUAGGGCUUCCCAGGCCCUACAGCAGAAGCAUGAAGAGAUUGAGAGCCAACACAGUGAAUGGUUUGCAGUAUAUGUGGAGCUUAAUCAGCAAAUUGCAGCCCUCUUGAAUGCUGGGGAUGAGGAAGAUCUUGUGGAACUCAAGUCGCUGCAGCAACAGCUUAGUGAUGUUUGUUACCGACAGGCCAGUCAGCUGGAAUUUAGGCAAAAUCUCUUACAAGCAGCUCUUGAAUUUCAUGGUGUUGCUCAAGAUUUGUCUCAGCAGUUGGAUGGCUUAUUAGGGAUGUUGUGCGUAGAUGUAGCACCAGCUGAUGGAGCAUCGAUUCAGCAAACUUUAAAACUGCUUGAAGAGAAGCUGAAAAGUGUUGAUGUGGGAUUGCAAGGUUUGCGUGAAAAAGGUCAAGGUCUCCUGGAUCAGAUCUCCAAUCAGGCAUCCUGGGCUUAUGGAAAGGAUGUAACCAUUGAAAAUAAAGAAAAUGUGGACCACAUACAAGGAGUGAUGGAAGAUAUGCAACUUAGGAAACAAAGAUGUGAAGAUAUGGUAGACGUGCGAAGGUUAAAGAUGCUGCAGAUGGUGCAGUUAUUUAAAUGUGAAGAAGAUGCUGCCCAGGCUGUGGAAUGGCUAAGUGAACUUCUGGACGCUCUACUUAAGACCCACAUCAGACUGGGUGAUGAUGCUCAAGAAACGAAAGUUUUGCUGGAAAAGCAUAGAAAGUUUGUUGAUGUUGCACAGAGCACUUAUGAUUACGGGAGGCAGUUGCUGCAGGCCACAGUUGUGUUGUGCCAGUCUUUGCGCUGCACUUCUCGGUCAUCUGGGGAUACGCUUCCUCGACUGAACAGAGUAUGGAAACAGUUUACAAUAGCAUCUGAAGAGAGAGUGCAUAGGUUGGAAAUGGCUAUUGCAUUUCACUCCAAUGCUGAAAAGAUUUUGCAAGACUGUCCAGAAGAGCCUGAAGCUAUUAAUGAUGAGGAGCAAUUUGAUGAAAUUGAAGCAGUUGGCAAAUCACUUUUGGAUAGAUUAACUGUUCCUGUAGUUUAUCCUGAUGGAACCGAGCAAUAUUUUGGGAGUCCAAGUGACAUGGCUUCUACUGCAGAACACAUCAGAGACAGGAUGAAACUAGUUAGUCUCAAAAGGCAGCAGCUGAGACAUCCUGAAAUGGUGACCUCAGACAGCUAAUAGCCACCAGCUUCCCCCAGAUCUGCAGUUCACAUCCUGCAUGUCGUCGGCCUCCUACAGCAUUAGUCACAGUCCAUUACGAUGCAUUUCACAGCCAGGAUAAGCCUCAUUUCUUUUCACGACACAUUUCUCUCUACAUGUUAACACCUUGCAGCUACCAAGGCAUAAUUAUUUAACAUGCUUUGAGACCAUAGACUCCCAUGUAUCUUAAAAGAAGGAACUAUAAAACAUUGCACUGAAAACUUAGAUUAAAGCUUUACCUGACCUGUCAGUUUGUAGACCAACAACUGAUAAUAAGCUUUGAAUGGUGCUAAUAAGAGUUUAGGAAUUCUCUAACAGAAAUGGUUGCCCUUCCUCCCCAGGUGAUGCGGUAAACUUAGACUGUAGUUAAACUGUUAUUAGUAGACAGUGGUGUCCUCCACAUUUUACUUUGUAAUUUUUCUUCAGAAUUGAUUGUUUUUAUUGUGUCAAUAUGGAGAAAACCCUUCAGAUCUUUGAUAUAUCAUAUUCAUUAAAAGACAUUUUCCUAUUUGUAUUGAUAAUGUAUUAAAAGUUGUCUGUGCUUAAUAAAAGGAUUCUUUAAACAUCUUA